ACCCAGUCAAUUAUAUCUUCGGAUUUAAUCCCUACAUGAGACCGUGUAGACUAAGAGUUAGUCCUCGAAUGACUAGGAGGUUCGUGCCUCAGUCAGAGCCUGAUACGAGGGAUGGUCUUCGUACCAGGGCGAUUGCACAAUGCACAUGUGUAUCAUCGGAGACGUCUUUCCGUCACUGCUCGUAUCGAAGACAGGGAGCUAUGGCCUGCUGGUCACCUCUCGCCAACAGAACUCGGCGUCUGCGACGAUAGACGUCGACCCUGUGCAGAUGGUGCAGCUGUAACUAUACGCUCCGGAUCCUCACAAGAUAAACAUUCUAAAAUACGCGCAAUCGCAAAGGCCCCGGUCGAUCAGGCGAGCAAGGACUCCUGGCGAACAUGUGUUCUACAUCAUCUAUAUCAGGUCCUCGUCCCGAGCAGGCCUUCUCUUUGUCUUCUUUAACCGUCCGCCCGCUCCGUAUGUACCCCGCCAGCCGCUUAUCAGCGCGCCC